UCGCGUGCCCCGCGUCGGGGUGCGUACUACCGGCGUAGCAUACACGUACGCGUGGGGAGAAAAAAAAAAUGUCCCACUUCCGCCAGGUUCGCGGCGCGCACGCCGCAUCCUCCCUCCUCCCGUUUUCCCACCGCCCCCCGCGCGCGACGACGACGACGACACCUCCUCGCCCAAACCGCUGCCGCCGCCUACAUAUACACUCCUCCGCGUCGCACCACCACAUCCACAACCAGUUGCGCCACAGGCGCGCGAGCCACCACCGCAGGCGAGAGAUUGUCGUCGUCGUCGUCCGUUGCUCCGGCCGUGACGACGACGGCGUCAUGGCGUCCACGGAUCCGCUGCUCGGCGGCAAGGAGGAGGAGGAGGGUGGAGGUGAGGUGAGGAGGGCGCGGCGGUGGUGGGUGGGGCGGGUGGUGGACACGGAGGAGGCGUGGGCGCAGACGCGGUUCGCGGUGCCGAUGGUGCUCACCAACAUGUCCUACUACGCCAUCCCGCUGGUGUCCGUCAUGUUCUCCGGCCACCUCGGCGACGUCCACCUCGCCGGCGCCACGCUCGGCAACUCGUGGGCCACCGUCACCGGCUACGCCUUCGUCACGGGCAUGAGCGGGGCCCUGGAGACGCUGUGCGGGCAGGCGUACGGCGCGCGGAUGUACCGCAUGCUGGGCCUCUACCUGCAGUCGUCGCUGCUCAUGUCGGCGGCGGUGUCCGUCCUCGUCUCCGCACUCUGGUGCUUCACCGAGCCCCUCCUCCUCCUCCUCCGGCAGGACCCGGCGGUGUCCGCCGCCGCGUCGGCGUUCGUGCGCGCGCAGGUCCCGGGGCUCUUCGCCUUCUCCUUCCUCCAGUGCCUCCUCCGGUACCUGCAGACGCAGUCCGUCGUCGCGCCGCUCGUCGCCUGCUCCCUGGCGCCGUUCCUGCUCCACGUCGCGCUGGCGCACCUCCUCGUCAACGCGCUCGGCCUCGGCCUCGCCGGCGCCGGCGCCGCCGUGUCCAUCACCUUCUGGGCCUCCUGCCUCAUGCUCCUCGCCUACGUGCUCCGGUCCGAGAGGUUCGCCGAGACGUGGAACGGCUUCUCCGCCGAGGCGUUCAGGUUCGUCGUCCCCACCAUCAAGCUCGCCACGCCCUCCGCCGUCAUGGUCUGCUUGGAGUACUGGGCGUUUGAGCUACUGGUACUGAUCGCCGGAUUGCUCCCGAAUCCGACAGUGAGCACCUCGCUGAUCGCCAUGUGCUCGAGCACGGAGGCCAUCGCCUACAUGAUCACGUACGGGUUCAGCGCCGCUGUGAGCACGCGGGUGUCGAACGAGAUCGGGGCCGGGAACGUGGAGGGGGCGAAGAACGCGGUGGCGGUGACGCUGAAGCUGUCGGUGUUCCUGGCGGCGGCGUUCGUGCUGCUCCUCGGCUUCGGCCACGGCCUCUGGGCGGGGCUCUUCAGCGGCAGCGCCAUCAUCGCGGCGGAGUUCGCCGCCGUGGCGCCGCUGAUGAUGGCCUCCAUCCUGCUCGACUCCGCGCAGGGGGUCCUCUCCGGCGUCGCCAGGGGCUGCGGCUGGCAGCACCUCGCCGCCGUGACCAACCUCGUCGCCUUCUACGUCAUCGGCAUGCCGCUCUCCAUCUUCUUCGCCUUCAAGCUCAAGUGGUACACCAAGGGAUUAUGGAUGGGUUUGAUCUGCGGGCUGACAUGCCAGACCUGCACGCUGAUGGUGAUCACCGCACGAACCAAAUGGUCCAAGAUCGUGGACGCGAUGCAGGAGAAGAAGGCCAGCUACGUCGCGUAGUUUAACUAGUCUUUGGCUAUACUGUAGAUUAUCGAUCGGAUUGGAUAUGUGUAUGUAUACACGAUGAGCAUUUGAAGCAACAUCUGCGGUUAGCAUGUCUGCAACACGCGCGACGCCGGCUGUUGCGUUCGUGCAGUGCGUGCGCCUGCGACGUUUCGCGGGGUUUUGGACGCGACGACAAUGCGCGCGAACUGCUUGUUCAAAUACAGUUUCUUCAGCCAUCUGGAAGCUGGAAGCCUGGAAUAGACAAACACCUUAGAGCAAGUAUAAUAGUAGGCUAUAAGCCAACUAUAAGCUUAAGGAGAAUUUGAAAAAUGGAGAGAGUUGGCUCUCAUGCAAGAGCUAGCUAUUCACAUAUUUUAAGAUAGAUACAUAGGUGAGAGAUAGAGAGAGGAGGAGAAAAAAAAGAGGUAACCUUAUAGCCCAUUUACUAUAUAUGUUAACUCUAAGAUAAGCUAUAAACUCAUUGUUGGCUCUAUUAUUAAA